AUGCGCAGCCGCGGGGCCGCGGACGGCUUCGGCGGGAUUUCCGUUGACGGUUUCAUCGGGGGUUCCGUGGAGCUAGAUUUUGACGAGAAUGUUGACCGCAACAGCCCGCGACCCAAGCCCAGUGUAGCUGUGCUCGCGAACCGACUCGUCCGUCUUGGUUCCGUUACCCGAUCCGCCGUGAGAACAUCCCCGUUAAGAGCCAUUGCCGCCGGCGCGCUGCUGAUGAUGCUUCUGGGAGGAUUCGCCGUGGCGCGGUGGUUGGGAGGGGGUGGCGGCGGCGGCGGCUUGGGCGGCUUGGGCGGGAAUAAGGAGCGGUUUUUCUGUGGGUCGGAGGAGCACAGUGUAGGAGAAAUCAAGCCGUUUAUUUUUGUGUACGAUCUGGGCGGGGAGUUUACGAGCGACGUGCGGAAAUUAGCUCCGUCGUGGUACUCUGAGGCGCAUGACGCGGAGAGAGUGCUGUAUGAGUACCUGAGGGUGAGCAGGGUGCGCACGUGGAACCCAGCCCAGGCGACCCUGUUGUACGUGCCCUUCUUCUCUGCUCACUACACCGCAUGGCUCUCCCAGGACCGGCAGCACACUGUGGAGCAGGCUGUCAAGGCCACGUCGCAGAAGUGGCAGCAGCUGCUGACGCGCGUCCGCACGGCAUACCCGUACUUCAACCGCAGCGGCGGCGCGGACCACUUCUCUGUGCUCUCCACCGACCACGCGCGCUGCCAUGCGCUCACCUUCCUGCCGCCCGCGCUGCACGCGCGAAUGUUCUUCCUGCAGAUGAAUGGGGAUGCCAUGGUUCGCAGCAUUCACACUCACCCGCAGAGAGGCAUGCAGGUACUGGCAUACAACUAUGGCACAAACGGGUCAACAGACAUCCCUGACAUUCCAUGCUAUCGCCCUGAUUUAGACAUCGUAAUUCCACCCACACUCGAGCACAGCAGCACCGCCCAGCAGCAGCAGCAGCAGCAGCAGCAGCAGCAGCAGCAGCAGCAGCAGCAACAGCAGGGUCAGCCGCUCUCAACCCCUGCAGUGGCCGCAGCUACAGUCAUCCCUGUGGUGAAUCGCUCCAUCCCAGUUUUUCUGCGGCUCAGCUCUGGGCAGGACGACGAGCACGAGCAGCCUGUGUGGCACCACAACCACGCCAUUCAACAGGAGGUCACUCAGCUAGUGCGGAGCAGGGCGGAGGAGGGGUGGGAGGUGGGGGCGAGGGGCGCAGCGUGGGCAAUGGAGGAGGGCAUGCGGCGGGCCACCUUCUGUAUCUGCCCCCCGGGACACGCCCAGUGGACCACGUGUCUGGGCAAGGCCGUAUUGACAGGAUGCAUACCUGUCACCUUCUUUCGAGACAAUGACAACCCAUGGCAGGGCGUGCUGGACUACUCGCGAUUCUCCAUCAACGUGGACCCAGACGACAUCCCCUCUCUCGCGGACCGCCUAGAUGCUCUCCUGCACUCCCCUCCACUCCUGCUCCGCAUGCAACGCAACGUGCAAGCCGUGCAGGCACACUUCUCAUGGAAACCCUCUCUGGAGGGUGGAGGAGUGCCGGCGCUAGCAGUGCAGCGGUUAUGGUGCCGCGCCAGAGGGCUCUCUCUCUCUCACACAGGCGCCCAUCUCAGGCCCUGA